UCAAAUAUAUUUUCUGUCAAACUGGAACUGGAAUAGAACCUCAUAUUUUCAGCGUAAUUUUGCCGGUGUAUCCGUCCGAAUAUUGCUUAUUACCAGUACUAGGCUACUUAUUAAAGGAAAAUGUCUGUACAAACGUUAUUGUUAGAUUUUUCUAUUGACCCCGCACGGGUUGGGGAUGAAAGCGGUCAGAAAACUGUGUUCGGUCAGUUGGAGACAAUUCUAAAAGAAUAUGUACCAAAUCUUAUAUUAGCUGCUGAUAUAAAGAUCGACGGCGGAUCAUUAAAACUAUUAACAGGGAAAAAAGGGACCACAGUCUCUGUAAGAUUGUUUGACAGGGGUCUAGUCACUGUAAACAUAGAAUAUUACAAGGAGGACACUGAAGAGCCACUAAUCAAUUUCAAGUCGGCGAGGUUAUUGGAAGGUCAACUGAAAAAGUACAUCACGUUCAUAAAAUCGCAAGCUUACGCUCCGAUAAAAAGGUGCUUAUUUAGCAGGUACUAUCCGACGUCCGAUGAAAGACUCCUAGAGUAUGAUAUUGAUGAAGUAUUGUUUGACGAACAGUCGCCCUUCCAAAGAGUGCAGAUCGUUCAUUCCAAGUCACUUGGCAACAUGUUAGUGUUGGACGACUUACAAAAUAUAUCUGAAGCUGAUCUGAUCUACACGGAAACUCUUAUGCAGAGGGGACGAGAGAAUUAUGAAGGAAAGGAAAUUGUUAUAUUGGGCGGCGGCGACGGCGCGCUGCUGUACGAGCUGCUGAAGGAGAAGCCGAAGUUCGUGUGGAUGUUGGAGAUCGACGAGACGGUGAUGCGCGCCUGCCACGCGCACCUCCGCGCCAUCUGCGGGGACGUGCUCGCCGCGCGCAAGGCCCACAACUACGAGAUUAUAGUGGAAGACUGCAUGCUGACGGUGAAUAAAUUCAUCAAGGAGAACAAGAAGGUGGACUAUAUAUUCGGCGACCUGACCGACAUCCCGAUAUCGGAGUCGGCGUGCGGCGAGCUGUGGGAGUUCAUGACCACCAUACUGCACGCCGCCUUCCAGAUACUGCGCCCCAGCGGCAAGUUCAUGACGCACGGUAAUGGAGCAACAUCACGUAAAUCAUUGGAACUAUACGAGCAAGAGUUGGAGAAACUAAAGCCACCGGUGGCAUUCACAAAGAGCAAGGCCUUCGUACCCUCGUUCCUGGAGGACUGGAUCUUCUACCAGAUAUCAUUCAAAUCUACUGACAAUGGGGAUGCUUAACACGAAACGUAACAAAUGUUCCUCCAUAGUAUUUACACUAAGUCAUACAAAUAUAGUUGAUACUUUAGUAUUAUUAAUUGUAAAGAAGUGUUUGAGACAUUUUGUGUACAGUCAGCUCCAUAAUAUGCAUACAUUUACAAAAGAAAAUUGUAUACUUUUUCAGUUUUCACAUUUAAAAUUGUAUAAGUAUUCUUCAUUAUCCAUAUCUUUUUUUUCUGCAAAUUAAAAAACUGUAUGGAUUCCUAAGAUUUUGUAAAUUAAUAAAUAUUUAUGCAGCUGAAUGUACUUUUCCGCUGAAAGUUUACAAGGACAUUGAAAUUUAAUCACUCACAAGCCAAUGUAAGGUUUACCUCCAUAACUUUAAUGUAACAAACAUUUGUAUGUUGGAUCAAAUAUAUGUAUGUUGGAUCAAAUAUAUGUAUGUUGGAUCAAAUAUAUGUAUGUUGGAUCAAACAAUUGUGCGUUGGAUCAAACAUUUGUCAAUUCGUGACAUACCACUUGGUGGAUUUUCUUGUGGACAGUACAAUUUUUAACGCAAUUGUAAAAUAUAGGAAUAAAAGUAGACCAGUGAUUUUUGUAUUAGUUUUAAUUGAUUUUUUGUUGAAACUUUUAUUUGUAAUUUUCAUUUGUUCA